GGGGCCGGUCCCAGCGGUGCCCUCCCGUCCCCUCCUCAGCCGGAACGGCUGUAUCGCUGCCUGUGAGCCGCGCUGCGAGAGGGGAGGUGCCGGCCGCGGCCUGUUCCCGGGCUGGGGCUGACGCGGAGCCGGUGGGGCCUUGGGGCGGCCCUGCUGGGGUUGCGGCGCUGCGCUCCCUGCGCCGUGCUCCCCGCCGCGUUGGCAACUCUGGCUCUGGCGGCGUCCGGCCCGUGGCGCGGGGCUGCUGGUGCUCGCGGUCCCGCUGCCACCCGCGGUAGACCCGCUGCCCGCGCUACGCAGCGUCGGGAGCGCUUAAUGCACUGCUGAACUUUUUCUCACCCCGAAAAUCUCCUUUGGGUAUCUGAAGUCCAUAUGGCUAUGUAUGAUGAAGACCUUUUGAAAAAUCCCUUUUAUUUGGCCAUUCAGAAGCGGCGUCCUGAUCUCUGCAGCAAAGUUGCAGAACUCCAUGGUAUUGUAUUAGUUCCAUGCAAAGGAAGCCUUUCAAGCAACUGUCUUUCCAACUGCCAGUUUGAAUCUUAUGUACUGAAGCCACUAGAAGAAAAUUUUCAGACCUUAAAUGGAAAGGAGAUCUUCAUACAAGGAAAUCUUGUCAUCUUAGGAACUGGUUUUGAUGAUCAUCUCUCGGUACCUGUUCUUUUUGAGGAAACAUUUUACAAUGAAAAAGAAGAGAGCUUUAGUAUUUUGUGCAUAGCUCAUCCACUGGAAAAAACAGAAAGCUCAAGUGAAUCUACAGCUUCAUCAAAUCUUUAUUCUCUGAAAAAUAUUGAAGAUGUUAGAGAAUUCUUGGGAAGGCACUGUGAGAGAUUUGAUAAAUACAUAGGAUCUUUCUACCGAACAUUUAAAGAGCACGAACGGAAAAGCCUCCGCCAUUACAUAGAUUCUGUCAGUGCACUUUAUACCAAAUGUCUCCAGCAUCUUCUGAGAGAUUCACACUUGAAGAUGCUUGCGAAGCAGGAGGAGCAGAUGAAUCUGAUUAAACAAGCAGUUGAAAUGUAUGUCCACCAUGCUAUUUAUGAUCUAGUCUUUAAAUAUGUGGGGACUAUUGAGGCAAGUGAGGAUGCUGCUUUUAACAAAAUCACAAGAAGCCUUCAAGAGCUCCAGCAAAAAGACAUUGGAGUAAAACCUGAAUUUAGUUUUAAUAUACCACGUGCGAAGCGAGAACUGAGUCAGCUGAACAAAUGUACUUCCCCUCAACAGAAGUUACUCUGUCUACGAAAAGUGGUACAAAUUAUUAUGCAGUCUCCUAGCCAAAGAGUUAACAUGGAAACCAUGUGUGCAGAUGAUCUACUCUCUGUCUUGCUGUAUUUACUUGUAAAAACAGAAAUCCCAAACUGGAUGGCCAACUUGAGUUACAUCAAGAACUUCAGGCUCUGCAGUUCGGUGAAGGAUGAAUUGGGAUACUGUCUAACCUCAAUUGAGGCUGCAGUAGAAUACAUACGACAAGGCAACCUCUCUGACAGAUCAACAGAAUCUGACAGGCUGUAUGACAAGUUGCUUUUAAAACAAAGGAUGAACUUUUUAUCCCAGAUGUCUACUACUCCAAUAGAUUGCUUAUUUAAGCAUAUUGCUUCAGGUAAUCAGGAGGAAGUGGAGCGAUUACUAAGUCAAGGUGACAGUGAUAAGGACACUGUACAAAAAAUGUGUCAUCCGCUCUGUUACUGUGACAAAUGUGAGAAGCUAGUUUCUGGGAAACUGAAUGAUCCUUCAAUUGUCACUGCAUUUUCCCGAGAUGACCGGGGAUAUACGCCACUCCAUAUAGCUGCUAUUUGUGGGCAAACAUCAUUAGUGGAUUUACUAAUAGCCAAAGGAGCCAUUGUCAAUGCUACAGAUUACCACGGUUCAACUCCACUUCACCUUGCCUGUCAGAAGGGAUAUCAAAACGUUACACUUCUCUUAUUGCACUAUAAGGCAAGUACUGAUGUUCAGGACAAUAAUGGGAAUACUCCACUUCAUUUAGCCUGCACUUAUGGUCAUGAGGAUUGCGUUAAAGCAUUAGUCUACUAUGAUGUGCAUUCCUGUAGACUAGAUAUUGGAAAUGAAAAGGGAGAUACUCCUCUCCAUAUAGCUGCUCGUUGGGGUUAUCAAGGGAUCAUAGAAGUGCUUUUGCAAAAUGGGGCAAAUCCAAAUACUCAAAACCGGAUGAAAGAGACUUCGCUGCAGUGUGCAUUAAAUUCCAAGAUUUUGUCACUGAUGGAAUUAAACUAUCUAACCUUUGAGCGGGGACAGAGUGCUUCUGAGUCACCACUUAGGUCUCCUCAACACUCAACAGAAACUUUCAGCAGAGGAUCAUCUGUCUCUAGUUUGUCAUCAGCAUCAAUUGAUGUAAGGCAAGAUGAAGUGAAGAACAGUUAUAAAGAGGUGGAAAAACUCCUAAGAGCAGUUGCUGAUGGAGAUCUGGAAAUGGUACGUUAUCUCUUGGAAUGGACAGAAGAAGACUUAGAAGAUGAAGAUGAUGCAGUCAGUACAUUGAAACCAGAAUUAUGCCAUCCAUUAUGCCAGUGCUCGAAAUGUGGGCCAGCACAAAAGAAAUUUGCAAGGGUCCCUGCUAAUGGCCUUGGUGUAAAUGUAUCAAAUCAAGAUGGUUUUACACCAUUGCAUAUGGCUGCACUGUACGGACACUCUGACCUCGUCUCUCUCUUGUUGAAACAUGGAGCCAGUAUCAGUGCCAAGAAUGCAGAACAUGCAGUGCCUCUUCAUUUAGCCUGCCAGAAAGGUCACUCCCAGGUGGUAGAAUGUCUAAUGAAUUAUAAUGCUAAACAAAAUAAAAAGGAUGCAUAUGGAAAUACUCCUUUAAUUUAUGCAUGCUUGAAUGGUCACUAUGAGACUACUGCCUUGUUGUUACAGCAUGGAGCUUCUGUUAACCUUUCUAAUGCCAAAGGAAAUACAGCACUGCAUGAGGCUGUGAUAGGGAAGAAUGAAGCCCUGGUAGAUUUGUUGCUUCAGAAUGGUGCGAUGACACACAUACAGAAUGAAAGGAACUGUACCCCUGCAGACUGUGCUGAGCCGAAUUCAAAUAUCAUUAAGUUGCUGGAAACAGCAGCAAGCUGUGUACCUGCAUCAGCAGAGGAAGAAAAGGAAUGUGAGCAUCAUGCUACUGUCAAGAUAAGAAGAAAAGUGAACGAGCCAUGUGAGAAAGCUGAUGAUCUCAUGAACAGACAACAUCAACUCGUCCAAUCAAUUAACAGAUUUAACAAAGCAAAACAUUUACAGAGAACAAUAACAAGAGAUAAAAGCGUCCCCAAUUUUGACUAUCAGUUCUUGCACCAGUUAGCUAUUAAAAGCUUUGAUAAAACCAAGUUAAAAUCUGUUGAAACGCUGGACCAGAACAAAGCUAAGAUUACUGACGCAGAAUGCAGUGGUGAAUUUAUGAAACAUGAUGACAUGAUAGAAACUCCUUGUAGGAGUAAAUUAAUGCACCGGAGACACACUGUUAAUGUUCCGCUUUCAGCAGAGAGUGUCAGUGGUAAUAGUUUAUCCAGCCCUGGAAGUCCAAGUAUUUCACAAUCGAGAGACUGCUGUGAUGACUUGCUUUCCAAACAUUGACGAAGAAGCACAGAUGUGAUGUCAAAAGCUUUGGAACCAGGUGGUGUGGAUUUCAGUAUCCCUUUGCUGCAUAUCAAAGAACUCGGUGACGCUUGCAAGCUAUGCCUUCAGAAGAGAAUACAGGGAUAACUCUUCAGCAGAAACAGAAUGUUCCUAGAACUUUUGAAGACUGAAUCUGUCUUGGAGGUAACUACAGAGCCAGAUCGUUGCUGAUCUUAACAAACAGGGAAGUACUGACGUAUGUAGGCAGUAAAGUUACCUUCAUGUUCUACGUAGCACUUACUAAAAAAUCAUAUAUAACAGUAAACCAGACCAAACCCUGUAUUGUAUUUUUUCAGCCAUCUACUUUGUUUUUAAAGUCUUUGAAUAAUUUUCGCAUUUUUGGUUUUUACCACUACAAUGGAUAAAUAUAUACAAAUAUAUAUAUAUUUAUAUAUACAUAAAGAUAUAUUGGAUAACAAGCUAUUUAUUGACAGAGGUAAUUGAAAUGUCUAUUUUUAUUCGAAUAUUACAAACUGUUACAGCAUAAAUUUUUCUGUAUAUUUCAGUAGCUGAGAAAACAGUAGUGCAUCUGUGACACCAUGUUAGACAUAUACAUGCUAAUAAUAUGAAGGGAACUAAUCUUUGCUAAUUUCUUAGUAUCUGUAUCUACAACAUCAAUUUCUUUUUAGGAGCCAAGACAGUGGGGAGAAGUAGAGAGCCUCUGCAAAGCUAAAGUGUAAACUCAGUGUUCAGCCUGAUUAAAAAAUACGCAGAAGCAAGAGUGCGUAAGGACACACAAAACUGUUUUAAGGUUUGUUUUUUUUCUUCCUCCAAAGCUAGCCAUUCAAAAAAUGCACGAAUAUUUGUGAUUCUGAACCUGGGCGACAUCUGCAGGCAAAACCGCUGCUUGAGAGCCUGAACCCAGACUGUUAUUUAAAGAAGUGAACUUCCAUGCACUUCCAUUUCUGAAAGGUACCCCUCACAUCAGUUGGCUUUUGUUGGAAUAGAUCAUUCCCAGAGGUGAUCACUGAAGAUCAAAAGCUCACAAGUAACUGAGAUGGUUGAUUAGAUUUGGAUUUUGUUUUCUACUGUUUUGAUUACAGUAGCAAAACAUGUACAUAGCACAAGCCAGGUUCCUAAGUGCAGUAUUUUUUUAUCCUUGGCUCACCACAUCCAGCUUUCAUUUUAUUUGUAUGAAUAAUGCUGUUUCUUUUAAUUGCAAUAUUAGUAAACUGCCUGGCAAAGUAGAAAGCUGGAGGACAUGCUGGUGAUUUUUUCAAGUAACUUUUUAAUCUAAGAGGUAAAAUUUGCUGCAAAUGCACAUUUAGACAUUUGGAGUUGAGGAUCUUGUGUUUAUUUUUCUAAUAAUUUAUGAGUUUAUCUGACUUUUCUAAUGUGCCUUGGAUUUGUGCCAAAAGAUGGAAAGAAAAAGCUAGUAAAGUAAUUCUUGAAA